AUGUCAACUUCGUCAGAUGCUCUGGAGCCGAGGGAGCUGGGAACCUUGAUUGUCGUGGUGGGCAAAGCGAGGAAUCUCCCCAACAAGUCGAGGUUCGGAAAGCAAGAUCCGUUCUGUGCCGUCAGGCUUCAGUCGGAUAAGCAGCGCACAAAGGCUAUCAAGCGUGGCGGGCAGCAUCCGGAAUGGGACGAAGAGCUCCGCUUUACGGUCAAAGAAGACAUGGACGAGGUGCUAGCUCGCUCAGACUCCUCGGCCGAUACGUCGCUAUCCUCCUCAACAUCCCAGCCUGCCUUACCGGCGAAGGAUGGCUCGAUAUCUGGCGUAACAACCGCUGCGGCGCUGGCGAAUAAGAGCAGGAAAGGACCCGUCAAGAAGCAUGUGGGGAAGAAGCUGAAUGUGGCGUGCUAUGCGGAUGAUGCAAAGGAGCCGGAGUUGAUUGGGGAAUGUGCGGUUUUGAUAGACGAUGUCUUGAAGAAGGGGGAGGUCGAUGAAUGGUAUGAGUUCACGUACAAGGACAAAUACAGCGGAGAAGUAUACCUUGAAUUGACCUUCUACUCCAAUGAAGCACCGCCCGUCAAGCGGAAUCCACAUAUCCAGCGGUACGGCCAAGCUAGUAUAGCCGGUGCCGGAUCUUCAGCCUCGCUCUCUAGUGCCAGCCGACCUUCUAUGGCGAGUCUAUCGACAUCAAGCAGCGUAUCCGGGAUGAACCUAUACAUCCCACCCUACGCCCAGCCCCCUAGAGAACCCUCGCCGGCGCCAACAGUCACUUCGAGCACAUACGGAGUGGCUCCAUCCACUAGCUUUGCCAAGCUCGGCCUCCCUCCCAGUCAGAGUCAUCACCGGAAUCAAAGUCUACCUUCUCUACAGGGAUAUCCACCCCCAUCAUUAUCAUCUAUGGCGUCGAUAUCGACCCUGCCGACUAUCCCAUCUGCCGAGCCCCUCGAUGCCCUGAUACGGCCCAUGUCGUCCAUGUCGGUCUCCAAUUCCUUCUCCCAACGGCCAUUACCUUCUACCACACCCGCACCCCCACAUCCACAUCAUCAGCAUUCGGAUCCCUCUUAUUCGUCAGGUCACCGACACUCUCUCGGCGAAGCUCCUUGGUCCAGCUUAUUACCACAAGCAGGGCCUCCAGCGGCCUUGACGCCGCAGCCUCGGCCGCUGUCCACCAGCGAUACCACGUCUAUGAACCAGUAUCAAUGGGAUCAGAUACGGCAAAGCGCCAUGACACCCCUCGCACGCCCUCCUUCCACUACCCAUCCCCCUCAACCCCCACAUAGCUCAGGCUCGUACUCGGCUGUCGAUCCGCGCGCACCAUCACCGGUCCCUCCGACGCUUAUGCCCGGCGGUGGUCAAGCCCCACAUCGCCACGCCCAGAGCUUUUCGGGUCUAUCCGGCCAGCCACAUCCGUCGACAUACCUCUCAAAUCUCGCUCCAAUACCUACCCCUCCCCCACCCUCCCACUCUGCCCCGCCAGCUGGCCAGUAUCCCGUCCCAUCCUCCUCCUUCUCCAACCUCCAGCAACCGAUGGACUACCGGUCGGAAACGCCCAUGAACCCCUACAGAGCAACGACGCCCCAGCCGGAUACAUACGGCGGACCCCAAACGCCUCGGCCGCAGGAGUAUGGGAACGCGCAGGGGAACUACCAGAGUCCAGCUGCUCAGGUCUUGGACGUUUCCGGCUACCCCACGCAUCCCUCGGGCCACUUCCCCACCUCGUCAUCGUCACAGUGGAAUGGACCCGUCCCACCCCGUAGGCAGUCUGCGUCGUCCGCGUAUAGCCAACAACCCCCACCUCAGCCCAACGCGAGCGGCUAUGUCCCAUGGCAUCAGCAGACCCAGCCAUCGCAGAGUAACGGGUAUCAACAUCAGCCCACCCCUCCACCGGUACCGGACUACAAUCGCCCGGCACCCGCUCCCCCUGCCCCUCCUCGGUCAGCGGCGGGCUACUACCCUUCGGAUGAGCUAUACGCGCAACAGCGAGUGACUUCGCCUGCUCCUGCGCCAUGGCAACAGCAACAGCAGCAGCAGCAGUAUCAGCAGCCUGAACCUCACCGCCAGGCAUCGCCAUUACCGCCUGCCAACCCUGCUCCGCAGAGCUCCUACCAGCAGCAGCAGUAUGGGCAGUAUCAGCAGCAGCAAUCGUACGCUCCGCCGGAAUCGUCACAUCCUGGCGCCCCUCCUGGAUGGCAGUCCACCAUGCCGCAAUCCUCCUAUUCGGCCACACCUCCCCCUCAACAACCAUACCAAUCAUCCUAUCAGCCGCAACCACCUCCCCCACAUCCCCGCUCCCCCUCUCCCGCACCGCCACAAGCACCAAACGGGUGGCAAUCACAGCACUAUCAGCAGACUGCUCCCCCUCCUCCCGGUCGGACACCCUCGCCAGCCCCUCCGCAGCCGCCGCCAAACGGGUGGCAGUCCCAGCCCUACCAGCAGCAAGCACCGCCACCGCCUGGUCGUACGCCCUCGCCGGCACCCCCUCCUGCUCCGGGGAUCAAGCAUGACUGGCGGUCGUAUAUGCAGAGUUUGAACGCUGCGGGUGGGCGCACGCCGUCGCCACAGCCUCCUCCCCCGCAGCAGGGGCAGCAGGGGCAGCAGGACUGGUAUACCCCUCCACCCAGCUUACCGACGAGUAUAAGACCGCCGGAUGGGUGGAAUGCGGGCACGCAUGUGUCGCAGGAUGGGCAUCAGUGGCGGGGAUGA